AUUCGGCCCCGGAGUCUCUCUGCGCUCCCAGAAUGCACCGGCAGUCCGCGGGAAACCAAAAUGGCGAAGGGGUGUAGCGAAGUGGGUUGUGUUUGAGGCCGGUGUAAAAACGCUCACUCUACCCCCCCCCACCUUCGUCCCCAGGACCUCGGUUUGUGCGUGUGUAUGUGCGGGGUACCCGGUGGGGCGGGUGCCCGGUAAGUGCUCGGACUCGCAGGGGAAGCGCCCACGGGGUCGUGAUUGGUUGUUUUUUCCUGUAUGAAGCGGUUGGCACCACUGAAGUGACCGAAUGAGAGACUCUACAGGGGCAGGUAAUUCACUGGUCCACAAGCGGUCUCCUUUACGUCGAAACCAAAAGACCCCAACAUCCUUGACCAAGCUGUCUUUACAGGAUGGACAUAAAGUCAAAAAGCCAGCAUGUAAAUUUGAAGAGGGUCAGGAUGUCCUAGCUAGAUGGUCAGAUGGCUUGUUUUAUCUUGGAACUAUCAAAAAGAUAAACAUAUUGAAACAGAGCUGCUUCAUCAUAUUUGAAGACAGUUCUAAAUCCUGGGUUCUCUGGAAGGACAUUCAAACAGGAGCCACUGGAAGUGGGGAAAUGGUCUGUACAAUAUGUCAAGAAGAGUAUUCAGAAGCUCCCAAUGAAAUGGUUAUAUGUGAUAAGUGUGGCCAAGGAUAUCAUCAGUUGUGUCACACACCUCAUAUUGAUUCCAGUGUGAUUGAUUCAGAUGAAAAAUGGCUCUGUCGACAGUGUGUUUUUGCAACAACAACAAAGAGGGGUGGUGCGCUUAAGAAAGGACCAAAUGCCAAAGCAUUGCAAGUCAUGAAGCAAACAUUACCCUAUAGUGUGGCAGACCUUGAAUGGGAUGCAGGUCAUAAAACCAAUGUCCAGCAAUGUUACUGCUAUUGUGGAGGCCCUGGAGACUGGUAUUUAAAGAUGCUACAGUGCUGCAAAUGUAAACAGUGGUUUCAUGAAGCUUGUGUGCAAUGCCUUCAAAAGCCAAUGCUAUUUGGAGACAGGUUUUAUACAUUUAUUUGCUCUGUCUGCAGUUCUGGACCAGAAUACCUCAAACGUCUACCAUUACAAUGGGUAGAUAUAGCACACCUAUGCCUUUACAACCUAAGUGUUAUUCACAAGAAGAAAUACUUUGAUUCUGAACUUGAGCUUAUGACGUACAUUAAUGAAAACUGGGAUAGAUUGCACCCUGGAGAGCUGGCAGACACACCAAAAUCUGAAAGAUAUGAGCAUGUUCUGGAGGCAUUAAAUGAUUACAAGACCAUGUUUAUGUCUGGGAAAGAAAUAAAGAAGAAGAAGCAUUUGUUUGGGUUGCGAAUUCGUGUUCCUCCUGUGCCACCAAAUGUGGCUUUCAAAGCAGAGAAAGAACCUGAAGGAACUUCCCAUGAAUUUAAAAUUAAAGGCAGAAAGGCAUCCAAACCUAUAUCUGAUUCAAGGGAAGUAAGCAAUGGCAUAGAAAAAAAAGGAAAGAAAAAGUCUGUAGGUCGUCCACCUGGCCCAUAUACAAGAAAAAUGAUUCAGAAGACUGCUGAGCCACCUUUGGAUAAGGAAUCAAUUUCAGAGAAUCCUGCUUUGGAUUUACCUUGUUCUAUAGGGAGAACUGAGGGAACUGCACAUUCAUCCAAUACCUCAGAUGUGGAUUUCACGGGUGCUUCCAGUGCAAAAGAAACUACCUCAUCUAGUAUUUCCAGGCAUUAUGGAUUAUCUGACUCCAGAAAAAGAACUCGUACAGGAAGAUCUUGGCCUGCUGCAAUACCACAUUUACGGAGGAGAAGGGGUCGUCUUCCAAGAAGAGCACUCCAGACUCAGAACUCAGAAAUUGUAAAGGAUGAUGAAGGCAAGGAAGAUUACCAAUUUGAUGAACUCAACACAGAGAUUUUGAAUAACUUAGCAGAUCAGGAGUUACAACUCAAUCAUCUAAAAAACUCCAUUACCAGUUAUUUUGGUGCUGCAGGUAGAAUAGCAUGUGGUGAAAAAUACCGAGUAUUGGCUCGUCGGGUGACACUUGAUGGAAAGGUGCAGUAUCUUGUGGAAUGGGAAGGAGCAACUGCAUCCUGACUGUAGGACUGAACAUUAUGUUCACUGCACUCUCAUUUUCUGUAGGUACAGUUCAAAGCCCUAAAGGAGUCUGGCUUUUACUAUCUUUCUUAAAAAAAAAAAAAAAAAGGUAAAAAAAAAAAAUCACAUAAGGAGAUAAUACUAGCCUUAACAUGUACUUGUCAAUGUUAUGGAUAUUGUCAUAAAAAGAUAUCUUUUAAAAAUCAGAAAAGAGACUUAAUUUUUUAAAUCUUAAGAUUUGUAGAAUGUUUCUAGGAUAGGAUAUUAAAAAUGAUUCAAACC